UCACACCUUGUAAGAGUUUUUCUCUCACUCCGAUUCAGGUUCCAAUUCCUUGAAUUGACGGAGAAGCAAUCUAGAAAAAUUUAACAUGGAAGUAAAGACGAAUGAGUUUGGGCACUUCGACGUCGUUUCGGAUGACUCAGAUCACCACUUUCUGGGUUCAAAUAAUGGAAAAUGCUUCUAUGAUUCAAAUAGUAAAGUCUACAGAACCAUUAUGAAAGAGUGGAAAAUCCUGGAGCAAAGCUUACCCGAAUCAAUCUACGUGCGUGUCUACGAGCGACGCAUUGAUCUAAUGAGGGCCGUGAUCGUAGGUACCGCGGGCACACCUUACCACGAUGGUCUCUUCUUCUUCGACAUCAUGUUCCCCUCUGAUUACCCUAAACACCCUCCAAUGCUGCAUUUCCAUUCCUUCGGGUACCGAAUCAACCCAAAUCUCUACAUCAACGGCAAAGUGUGUUUGAGCCUUCUGAACACGUGGAACGGGAAAGGAACGGAGAUGUGGGACCCAUCCAAGUCGACGAUGCUCCAAGUGCUGGUCUCCAUCCAAGGACUCGUUCUCAACAAGAACCCUUACUUUAACGAGCCUCUGCGUCUCUUCGAUUCUGAGAGCAAGUCACGUGUCUACAACGAGAACGCGUUCAUCAUUACUUGCUACACCUCCUUCCUUCUGCUUCAGAGGCCGCUCCGAAACUUCGAAGCAUUCGUCAGUGCCCAUUUUUGCGAGCGGGCGUUUCCGAUUCUCUCUGCCUGCAGCGACUACGUGAACGGGCGCGUGGAAGUUGGGUACUAUUCUAGUGACCUGCGUUCGUCUUCGUCAACGGUACGAGUUUCAAGGGAAUUCAAGGAGAAGAUGAUACAGUUUUACCCUAAGCUUUUUCAAGCGUUUCGACUGAAAGGUGCUUCUGUGGGGGGUUUGGUCGAACACUUGGAGUUGGAGAUUGAGCAAUCCGAAAAGAAAAGUAGCGGCGGCGGGCAAAGGCAGCAAUUGAAGAACAAAAGCAGAAGAAUCUUCAAGAAGGUCAUGGAAAAGAUCAAACAAACUUUGGGAUGGAAGAAAAAGAGCCAGAUUGAAGGGAGAGAUCGCAGUCUUCAAAGUUCUUAAAAAUAAAACUAUGCCUCUUUUACUGCUUCUUCUUUAUUAUUAUUAAUUUUAAUAAUUCAACAAGUAGUGUACAGUGUACUGCGCUUAGUUUAUUAUGGCGGAUUGAUAAAAUUUGAUGCUUGAUUGGAAGGAGAAAAAAAAAAAGGUUAGUUUUUUCAUUUA